GCGUUGUGUCUAUGGACCUGGAUCCUCAUUUACCCAACAGGAAGACAGCAUGUGAGCGCUUUCAAACAUCUAACAAAUCACAGAGGACUGCAAGAAGACAACCCGUAAGAUUGACCUAAAAGGAGAAAGAUCAAGUUUCAAGUUAGAUUUUAACCAUCUGCUCUUCACGUUUAUUCGGUAAAUCUCUGGCAACCAGUUUUUGUUUUUUGUCUGCAUAAGGAGGUCGCAAAUCUUGCUCUCAGCUUAAAAGCCUCAUGGCUCAAAGUCCCUCAGUGUCACAUCCUGUAAUUGUCUGUGGAGUGUGGGUGGACCAGGAGAGAGUUUAGGACCGUUUGAGUCGACCUGAACGGCAGCGAAGCUGAGGGUGACACUUGUCUGGUUGUCUUGUCAUCUAAGGGCAACUGAAGCCAUCAGUGUGGACCAUGUGUGCAGCAGCUCUGGAGGAGUACUGUGGGUCCACCUUCUGGAAUGAUUCAUAUGUGGAUAGAGCGGACCCAGACCUCCCAGUAUGUGUGGAGCAGACGGUGCUAGUCUGGAUCCCCCUGGGGUUCUUGUGGCUCUGUGCCCCAUUGCACCUGGUGGCUCUCUUCCGGAGGACACAAGUGAACACAAAACACCUUUCCAAGCUCUACCUCUGCAAACAGAUUGUUGUGUCACUGUUGCUCCUGACUGCCAUAGCGGCCCUAGCACUCACAUUAGGAGAGGAUUAUGGUCCAAACAAGGAUCUACCUUCAACAGUGAAAAAUCCUGGCGUGUACUACGCAAAUCCUGUCCUGUUUGCAGUGUCAUGGAUCCUGCUGUUGCUAUGUCAGGAGGGUGUGAGACGGACAGAAGGAGCAGUUGACUCCGCCACUCUCUUCCUCUUCUGGUUUCUCCUUGUCCUGUGUGACAUCUUACCUUUCCAGACGCUGCUACGAGAGGCACUCAGGCUGGGAGAGAUCAAUGAUGUCCCUCGUUUCUGCCUUUUCUACAUUUCAUUUGGACUGGAAUUGAUUGCAUUUAUUCUCUCUGCUGUGGCUGAUUUAUCUCCAGAAGACAAAGAGCUUGUAGAAAAGAAUCCCGAGGCAGGUGCACCAUUUUUGAGCAGAAUCACUUUCAACUGGUUUAACAGUAUGGUGGUGAAAGGCUACAAGCGGCCCCUGGUUCAGGAAGACAUGUGGGAACUGAACGAGAUAGACAGCAGUGGUUGCAUCAGCACACGCUUCGAGUAUUUUAUGCAGUCCGAUUUGGCUGCUGCUCGGGCCCGGUUACAGAACAAGAAAAAACGUGAGAAAGCUCAGGAGGAGGCCUUUCAAAACAGCCUCUCCAACGGCCUGGGGAAAGGUAUCAGUCAGGAUGUACUGAUGAUGGAGGAAAAGGGAAAGAAAGAAGACAAAAAAGAGAAGAAGAAAAAGAAAGAGGAAGAGAACUACCCCAAUUCAUGGAUGAUAUCCACCAUUUACAAGACUUUUAAGGGGGUUCUGUUUGAGUCCGCCUUCUUCAAACUUCUACAGGACUUGCUGGCCUUUGUCAGUCCUCAACUCCUAAAAUUGAUGAUCUCCUUUACUCAGGACAAAUCCAGACAUGCCUGGGAAGGUUAUCUGUAUGCAGUACUGCUGCUCGUGGUGGCCCUUCUGCAGUCUCUGUUCCUGCAGCAGUACUUCCAGCGAUGCUUUGUUCUGGGAAUGAAGGUUCGCACUGCCAUUAUCGCUGCUGUGUACAAAAAGGCAUUGGUGGUGUCUAAUGACACUCGUAAAGAGUCAACAGUUGGGGAAACAGUGAAUCUGAUGUCAGCAGAUGCCCAGCGUUUCAACGAUGUGACAAACUUCAUCCACCUGCUGUGGUCCUGCCCUCUGCAGAUCGGAUUGUCCAUUGUUUUCCUGUGGAUGGAGUUAGGACCUUCUGUGUUGGCAGGACUGGCAGUUAUGGUACUAAUGGUGCCGAUCAAUGGUCUGCUGGCCACCAAAGCCAGAAAAUUCCAGAUCGAGAAUAUGAAGUUCAAAGACAAGAGACUGAAAAUCAUGAAUGAAAUACUCAAUGGGAUGAAGAUUCUGAAGCUAUAUGCAUGGGAGCCAUCCUUCCAGAUGCAGGUGGAAGGCAUUAGGGGUCAAGAACUGAUGGUCAUGAGGAAGUUUGCCUACCUAAGUUCAGUCUCCACCUUCAUUUUUAGCUGCGCCCCAGCUCUGGUGUCUCUGGCUUCAUUUGCCGUGUUUGUAGCGGUGAGCCCAAACAAUGUGUUGACUGCUGAGAAGGCUUUCACUUCCAUCUCUCUCUUUAACAUCCUUCGAUUUCCCCUGGCCAUGCUGCCCAUGCUCAUUGCUGCCAUGGUGCAAACAACAGUGUCGAGGAAGCGCCUGGAGAAAUUUCUGGGAGGUGAAGAUCUUGAUAGUGACACUGUGCGCCAUGACCUCAGUUUCAACUCUGCUGUUAGCAUAAAUAAUGGUUCCUUUGCCUGGGAAAGAGGAACAGAGCCCCUGCUUAAGAAUGUAUCUUUGGACAUUAAGCCAGGGAAGUUGGUGGCAGUAGUGGGAGCUGUAGGCUCAGGGAAGUCCUCUCUGAUAUCAGCCCUCCUGGGAGAGAUGUACAGCACUAAAGGCUUUAUCAACAUUAAGGGUUCUGUUGCAUUUGUACCACAGCAAGCCUGGAUCCAAAAUGCCACUCUGAGGGAUAAUAUAUUGUUUGGCUCUCCUCAUGAGGAAAGGAGGUACCAGGAGGUGAUAGAGUCUUGUGCCCUGAACCCUGACCUGGAGCUGUUGUCUGGGGGUGACUUCACAGAGAUUGGAGAGAAGGGCAUCAACCUCUCAGGGGGUCAGAAGCAACGUGUGAGCUUGGCCAGAGCAGCUUACAGUCGAGCUGACAUUUAUCUGUUAGAUGACCCCUUGUCUGCUGUUGACUCACAUGUUGGAAAGCAUCUUUUUGAAAAAGUGAUUGGACCCAACGGAAUCCUCAAAGACAAGACUCGCAUCCUGGUGACUCAUGGAGUGAACUUCCUGCCUUAUGUAGAUGAAAUUGUGGUCUUGGUGGAUGGAGUGGUUUCUGAAGUUGGAUCCUACAAAAGCCUUCGUGCCACAAAAGGAGCUUUUUCUGAGUUUCUUGGCAUAUAUGCCAAAGAACAAACCAAUCGAACCCAUUCUGAAUCAGAUAGUUGCCAGGAUACUGCAGACAUGGAGCUCAUCCCUGAAAGAGAGGACACUCAACCUGACUCUCCUUUGGAAGACACAGUAUCUGUUACACUGAAAAGGGAAAACAGUAUUCGCCGAAGCCAGCGCAGCAACAGAGUCAGACUAAGAAAAAAUAGCUCUAUAAGAAAAGCAGAAGAUGUAGACGAAUCUAAGAAAGGCCAGAAGCUAAUAGAAAAGGAAGCCAUGGAAACAGGACAGGUGAAGUUCUCAGUGUACCUCCAAUACCUGCGGGCCCUGGGCUGGGGAUAUUCUGCCAUGGUCUUUCUGGUUUACUUCAUCCAGAACAUAGCUUUCAUUGGUCAGAACCUGUGGCUCAGUGACUGGACUAAUGAUGCAUUGGACUACUACAACAAAACAUACCCUGCCUCGAAGAGAGACACCAGGGUGGGAGUGUUCGGAGCCCUGGGAGUGGCUCAAGGUGUCUUUGUGUUCCUUGGUACACUGCUCCUGGCAAAUGCUUCGGUCAAUGCAUCUCGUAUCCUGCACUCAAGGCUGCUCAACAACAUACUGCGAAUUCCCAUGGAAUUCUAUGAUACCACACCCAUUGGAAGGGUUGUAAACCGCUUUGCAAAGGACAUUUUCACAGUUGAUGAAGCCAUCCCACAAUCAUUCCGCUCUUGGCUCCUGUGUCUGCUGGGUGUGCUGGGUACGCUGUUUGUCAUCUGUCUGGCCACCCCUUACUUCACCAUUAUCAUCAUUCCUCUUGCCCUGGUCUACUUUUUUGUACAGCGCUUCUAUGUAGCGACUUCAAGGCAGCUGCGUCGAUUGGACUCAGUGUCUCGCUCUCCUGUAUACUCACACUUUGGUGAGACAGUGGCGGGUCUGUCGGUGAUAAGAGCCUAUGGCCAUCAAGAAAGAUUUCUUAAACACAAUGAAAUAACUAUUGAUGAAAACCUCAAGACUGUCUACCCAUGGAUAGUGUCAAACAGGUGGCUGGCCAUUCGUCUGGAGUUUCUGGGAAACCUGGUGGUGUUUUUCGCUGCUCUGUUUGCCGUCAUUUCCAGGGACUCUCUGGAUAGCGGCCUGGUUGGCCUGUCUAUAUCCUACGCCCUUAACGUAACCCAGACCCUCAACUGGCUGGUGAGGAUGUCCUCAGAGCUGGAGACCAAUAUUGUAGCUGUGGAGAGAGUGAGUGAAUACUCAGAGAUUGAGAACGAGGCCAAAUGGAUAACUGACACUCGGCCAACAGAGAAGUGGCCUGAGUCAGGAAGAAUGCAGUUUGAAAACUACAAGGUCCGUUACAGACCUGGUUUAGACCUGGUGCUCCAUGGAAUCUCCUGUGACAUUCAUAGCACUGAGAAGAUUGGUAUAGUGGGUCGCACCGGAGCUGGCAAAUCAAGCCUAACCAACUGCCUGUUCAGAAUCAUUGAAGCUGCUGAAGGUCGUAUCCUCAUUGACGACAUAGAUAUUUCCACCAUUGGCCUGCAUGACCUCAGAAACAGGCUCACGAUCAUACCACAGGAUCCAGUGUUGUUCUCCGGGACCUUGAGAAUGAACCUGGAUCCAUUUGACAGAUUCAGUGAUGAAGAGGUCUGGAGAGUGCUGGAGCUCUCUCAUCUGAAGGACUUUGUAACAGGGCUGCAUGAAGGAUUGCAACAUGAGGUCUCAGAGGGGGGAGAGAAUCUAAGUAUUGGGCAGAGGCAGCUGCUUUGUCUGGCCCGAGCACUGCUGAAGAAAUCACGUAUCUUGAUCCUGGAUGAAGCCACAGCAGCUGUUGACCUGGAGACAGACGACCUAAUUCAGAACACCAUCCGCAAAGAGUUUUCACACUGCACUGUCCUCACUAUUGCCCACCGCCUGCAUACCAUCAUGGACAGCUCCAGGGUAAUGGUGCUUGAUGCUGGUAAAAUUGUGGAAUUUGAUACUCCGAGCAACCUCCUGGAAAAACAAGGCCAUUUCCAUGCAUUGGCAAAGGAUGCCGGGAUAACACAAGCAGAAAUCACAGCUCUCUGAUUUUGCACUUUUGGUUGUUUUUUUAGGAUGAUUAUUAUUGCAUAAAUUGCUUUUUUUGUUUGAUUUUAAAAGCUGGGUUGUUCUUUGAAAUAAUGUAAUAUUUGUGUUUAUAGGAAACAAUAUAAAUAAAUCAUAUUCUGUAUGUAAAUCAUUUUUGUAUGUGAACAAUAAAUAUGCUUUCCCAAAUAAU